AUGUUCAGUGACCAGGAGAAGCGAACUGUCAUCAAGGUCCUCUUGAAUCGGGGGGCUGACAUCAGCACCAAGGACGACCAGUCCCACCUGGUCACAGCAGACCUGCUCGAGGCUGGGGCUCCGCUGGAGGCAGUGGAUGAGGAGGGCAGGACACCGCUGUUGGCUGCCCUGGAUGGCAACCGCAAGGAAGCCAUCGACGUGCUCAUCGCUGCAGGCGUGAAAGCGACGGCGAUGGUGCUGCUCAAGGCGGGGGCGGACGCGCAAGUCACUGACAAGCUGGGCCGGAGAGCGCUGGACGUUGCCGAGGACGGCGCGCACAUGAAGCUGGCCGAGUUUUUGCGGCAGUGGCAGCCGGCUCCUGCUUUCAGCUCUCCGCCGCCGGCCUCGCUGCCUGAUUGCAGCAGCCCUGCGGCCCCUGCUGCAUCCCAAGGUGGGCUGCAGGGAUCCUCUGAAUAG